UAACCUCUCUUCAACUGGCCGCGUAGUUCAUUCAUGAGAUAUCACCAUGAAAUACUUUGCUGUUUGCGCACUCCUCAUCCUGCCGCUGGUCAGCGGUGGAAUCCUGCCACGCCCACCCACCAGACACUUUGUGGCCUACGAGAUCCAGUCUACCCACAAUCUGCCCCAGAUGGAAGCCAUCGUCCAGAAGAUGCAGGCCCUAUUCCAGAAUAUGAUUCCGGAUAUGUCCGUCCUGGCCGACUCUGUUGCCGUACCAGAUAUGUCGGUGGCUACUGACGCCGAUGAAACCCCCAGGAGGCGUUCCACCGAGUUCAAGAUCGCCCCGAUCGCCUCCCUUGGUCUGAAGCAGCACCAGCUGGACAGGAUCGCUGGUGCCAUUGCCAGCAUGAUACCCGACAUGUCCGUUGCCUCCGAUGGCGAUGACUCGCCCAAGCAGGCUGUUUCCGGUAUCAAAACUCUCCCGAAAAUGGCCAAGGUUUCCGGAGGCGAGCCAGUGGAGAUCAUGACCCAUGCCGAUGCCGAUCUAGUUCCCGACAUGUCCGUGGCCUCCGACGCUGAUGAUACUCCCAGGAAGGUGGCUGCUGGCCUCAAGACCCUGCCUUUGUUAACCAAGGUCUCCGGAGGCGAGCCAGUGGAGAUCAUGACCCAUGCCGAUGCCGAUUUGAUUCCCGACAUGUCCGUGGCCUCCGAUGUUGAUGAUACACCCAGGAAGGUGGCUGCUGGCAUCAAGACCCUGCCUCAGUUGACCAAGGUCUCCGGAGGCGAGCCAGUGGAGAUCAUAACCAAUGCCGAUGCCGAUUUGAUUCCCGACAUGUCCGUUGCCUCCGACGCCGACGUGACCCCCAAGCAGGCUGUUGCCGGACUCAAGACCCUGCCCCAGUUGACCAAGGUUUCCGGAGCCGACCCCGUAGAGCCCCAUGUCCUAGCUAAUGCUGAUCUGGUUCCCGACAUGUCCGUGGCUUCCGAUGCUGAGGAUAAGGCUGCAAACCAGCUGCCCGAUAUCUCAGUGGCCGGCGAUGCCAAGUUCGAUCCCAAGAUGCCUCUGGCUGCCCUUUUGGCCAGGCUCCACUAAUUAACUGUGGAGGCCAUCAGCUGCCCGAUUAAAUCGGAAAUGAUUCAAAUCUAACUGGUUGUGUGUUAUUGUAUUCUUAAGCCUUUAUGCGAAUUGUAAUCAAUUUUUAAGAGAGCAAAGAUAAGGUGGUUUUAUUUUUGUUUUUAUUUUGCCAAUCAGCCAUUGAUUGCAGUUAUCUGACUCGGUUGAUUUAAUACGAAUUUCCUAUCACUGAAGUAGUUAUCUUGUCAGUAUUAAAGAAAAAGUUGGACGUCAGCGAUUCGUGAAGCUUAA